GAGGCGUAUGCGUACCGAUGAAGCUUUGACGCAUCGUUGGCUAAGCAUGGACGCAGCGAUGGUACGCCGACGUCAAACGGUCAACUAUCCAAGCAGUCGACUUCGAAAAACUGCUCUUUUGACUGCAGCGUUUACGAAAAGGCGACAUCCGGAACUAAACUCAUGUACUCGACGGUCUUCUUCAUAAUG